AUGCCGACAUCAACUCGAGCUGCGAGUUGGCGCGUGGGCGAGCGGCAAGCGCCUCGUGCUCGUCGAGCUCUCGCGUGGCGCACGUUGAAAAAGGACGAGCUGCAUCCUUUGUCUACUGCGUAUGUGUCUGCAGCUGAAACAGGAGCGUCUGGACCUUUGUGCGCGUCGUUUCCGCGUCAAGAUGCAGGGGUUAAGCCAAUCAGGACAAGGGAAGCGCUGCCAGAGCUCGUAGGACUGCACGAAGAAGACGCUGAUCCAGCUGGAGGUAUUGUGCUAUCUACAGAUGGGAAGAAGUCGAGAUCUGGGCCAUCAGAUGUGUCUGUGGAGCUGGUUCUGGACGUCAUAAAGAUGGAGGAAACACGGGACACGAGUGGGGCUGGCACUGUGCUACGUACAGUCAAGAAGCAGUGGAAAGAACAGGACAGAGAGAAGCUCCUGGCUGGUUGUUUCCAUGAUGUGUCCCGGGUGGAAGAAAAGGUGCUCGACGUGAAGAAGCGGGAGCACGAGAGGGUGUGGGGACGACGUAGUGACUGGUUUUCGACCGAAAAGACGGACGAGAGAACCGAGACAGCGACGUUGAUUGAGAAGACACGGAAAAGAUUGCUGAAGAUGGAGCGUGGACGUCACCGGAAAGUCGAGGCGUUACGCAUUGCCAUCAAGUGUGUGAAACUACUUGCAGACACUACGACCGCACCUCAGCUGUACCCAUGCGUGUUUGUGCUGGUGACGGACGUGCUUGAUGCGUUUGGACAACUAGUGUACGAUCGCAUUUACGCCCAAGCGUCGGGGGAGGAAAAUGGUCAGCCUCUGUCUGAACCAUUGGGAGAGCGCUUCAGGAGAUCGGACGUUAAUGUCCAAGCGGUUGAAACGUGUCGGAAUUGGUUCUACAAGUCGGCUUGCAUUCGAGAGCUUCUUCCACGCAUCUACAUUGAGGUUGCGCUGCUUGGAUGUUAUCGGUUCCUUUGCGACGACGAGUAUCCGCAGAUUGUAGCACGGUUGUCAAACAUGAUCAAAGGUGUAGGCGACCCAAUGGUCGCGUUAUACGCUCGGUUGUACCUGUCGUUAGCGAGUUCCGAGCUGGUGGGCGUCACCUCUUCCGCUGGCCAUAUUGUCAUAGCGAGCAGCAGUCUCUUUGACUACUUUUACGCUUUCGACUGGUUCCGGCAACACAAGCUUGGGCACUGGUUGCUAACGAACAAGAUGAGAUACGAAGAGUACCUGGCCCUGCAUUCACCUGCUGUGAAGUGGCUCAUUAAGUGCGCGGCUCCAAAGGCCACUCAGGAUACGUUCGAUUCGCUGCUGGCGCACUACCGGAAGUAUGUCGACAAUUCGAUGGUGUUAAAGCACAUAUGCGAGUAUUUUAGUGCUCAAUUUUACGCCGCAACACCUAGCGUGAUGGUGGAUCUGAUUCGCACCGCGUCUCCGUCUCUCGUUUCCAAGUGCCAUCUUUACAGUACACUUGCAACGCAGCUGAGCAAGACGACUAGUAUCGCAGCUAACGAGCCGGGCGGGAAGUUGCAGUUCUUGAACAGUUCGUGGUCGUUCAUUACUUCUCAGGAAGACGUUGCACAGUAUGUGGAGUGUGCAGCAGCUUACAUGAAGCUCAUUGUGGUCCACUUUUCGCAUCGCGAGGCCCUCAUCCUUCUCAAGGACGUUGUUCGCCAUCUUGAUGCAGCAACACCCGAAGAGCUUACGCCGAGAUCAUACAAUCGACUCGGCACGCUGAUCGAAAAUGUCGUGUUUGGAGCCAAGCAGAGCUACGAGUUCUUCUCAAAACUCAUUCCGUCCUCUGCUUUUUUGACUAUCAUGGGCAUGUUCAAGCGAGAAUCCAGUGUGGACGUGGCGAGGAAAGUCUUGCGAGCCUUUGUUAGCGGGGAGUUGAAAAAGGCAUCGAACCGCUUAGGCACCUUACGACUUCACAUCGUCGGCCCUGAGGCUGCCGUGACGCACGCGCUUAUGACUGUAUGUUGCCGUGUACACGAUGCGCUUGAUUCUCUCAGCACCGUGUCAGAGCGCACCGAGGCUACCCGCGAUAUAUCGGCUUUCGUCACCCGGCUCGGAUACGUGAACGAAUAUACGACUGUGAGUGAACGAGCACAAGGUGCAGAACAGGAGGCGUUGCUCAUGCUUUACACAGAUUGCCGUCGUGCAUUCUACAAGCUUGAGCAAAUCGGGAUGCUACUUUCCACGAUGGUUCUCCGGCUCGCGAUGUAUUCCUACAAACGUGUGUGCAGAAGCGUGAGAUCGUCAAAAUUCCAGAGCAAGAAGCACGCUCAUGUGCGGCGCGGAUUUAUUCAAUCCUGCUUGGCAUUCGCGCACAUUACGAUACCGUCAGUCGAAGCAUCGCUUGAAAAGAUACAGCUCAUGGUGUUGGCAGCAAAUGUAGCACUGGUGACAGGUUGUGUCCCCCAGAUGGACGCACUGGUGAAAGCUGCCAUCAUGCUGCUCGCGGAUUUGGAUAUCGACGCACUUCAACUUGCUGGCAACUGCGACGAAAACGUACAUCAUCAGUCUGAGCCAGAGAGUAUCAGCAGCACGAGUAGCGUCAUUAGCCAGGUGUUGCAAACGAUUGCUCACUUGGUGAACGUGUUGGUAUAUGCUCCUUCGCUGAAUGACGAGGACGCCUUCUACUUUGUCAAUGCGCUGCGCAAAGCUGUGCUGGAGCGUAUGAAAUGGAUGCCACGGAACCCGUCCUCGCUGUCACAUGGUCUUGAAGCAGGUGUUGCUCGCGUGCGCGUGUCACUCAUGCUUAUUCAAGUCUAUGCUUUGUGGGGACAGCAGUCGCUACCAGAUCGCCUAAAUGGUGUAGACUCGAAUGAUGUGCUCUACGGUGGCGAAGACGCCUUUUACGACGAAGUCCAGGCACACUUCAGCUCGAUCAUUGAGGAAAUUGUGCAAGGCAUCGACGCACUGGGCGAACUCAGCGAGGACAACGGCAACGUGGAUAGAACUGUCGCUGAGCGCGUAACAGUAGCGCAGGUCGAGCUUAUGUUGGACUUCAUCAACUUGGUCGCCCCCGUGCUUGAAUGCGACGACGGCCGACUUGGAGCAGCUUUGACCACGAGCGAUUCGUUUCGAGAAGACGGAAUCGCUGAGACCAGUCAUAGUGACAGCAGACGACGGAAGAAACCCCGUUCUGGUCUUGCGUUGGUUCGCAAGUGUAUGACGUACAGCUACGAGAAAGCACGAUUGCUGAAGCAAGUCGAGCUGAGAGGAGCGGCAACAACCGAAGUGCAGAUGGCCUCGACGGCCUGUCACUAUUUUGACAGCACACGCGCGUAUAUCAUCGAUUUCAUGCUGGAGACGUCGAAGCGCAUUGCCAGCAUGUAUCCAGAAGCAAGCAGCCAGCAGUCUAUCCAAUCUCUUGUUGAAGCACUCGAGCAGUUUACGCUCUGA